CACAAGAGUCCAAGAGAUUGUCUUUUAUUUCUUUGUCUCCAUCUUUGUCUCUCUCUCUGUGUCAUGCUUUUAGGGUUUAUAAUUUAGAUGACUUGUUAUCUAUGGGUGGAUCAGCGAAGGAUAUGCAAUCCAAGGUGGAGCUUGAUAGCGUUGUGUGGCCCUCAAAUUCGAAGCACAUGGACGAGGUUGAAGCUGAAGAACAGCCUGGGUCUUUUUCGGUUUCUGAUGUGCCGUACUCUGCCUUUGUGAAGGAUAGAAAGGUCGCAGAUUCAUCUAGUUUGGCCAAUGAAGUUGCUGGGUCAGUUAAGGCUGGAGAACCUACUGCUCCUGCACCUACCAACCUUGAGAUAGUCCAAGAGUUAGCAAAAGUAAGUGGAUCUUCCGAGGAGCAAAUUCAAGCUCAAACUGGCCUUGAUGAUGCCAUGAAAAGGCAAUUGCAGAAGUUGAUUGACUCUAAUCGAGUGAUGCUUUUCAUGAAAGGAACCCCUGAGGAGCCCAAAUGUAAAUUUAGUAGAAUGGCUGUUAAACUUUUGAAGAAGUAUGAGGUUGAAUUUGGAAGUUUUGAUGUUCUUUCGGACAAUGAAGUCAUGGUGGGGAUACAAAAGUAUUCUAACUGGCCAUAUUUACCACAUAUCUACUUCGAUGGGAGGGCUCGUGGUUUCUAUCACAUAACAACCUUCAUGAAAGGUUUCGCAAGUGAUAGCGAUGAUGAAUUUGCAUAGAUUACACAAUAGAAAAGUUGCGCAAGAUCGAGCAUUGAACUUUUGCGAAAUGUGAUUUUGAUUUUGAUAGAAGAAAAGAUAUUGAGGCAUUUGUAA